ACGUGUGCGCAGCCUUACACAAGUACCACGCGCAAACCUGGUCACAAGUUUUUUUUGCCGACUCCGUCCCAGAACGGCAUAAUACACACAAGUCAGUGAGUGGCGAUACACCGCGAUAAAUACGAUCAUUUUUUUGUACGGUUUACAAAAAAAUUAAAAAAUACAAUCCGGCGCGUGUUGAUAUUUUUAUUACACCAAACGAAGAUUUCGACGCAAACUUAGUCAGAAUGAAAACUGUGAUAUUGUCAUUAUGCUUGUUCGGAGCGCUCUUUUGGAGCACUCAAUCCAUGCCUGUCGGCGAGGUUGCUCCUGUCGCACCUGCCGUGCCAUCCGAAACCGUCGUUGAAUCCCAAAAGCCAGUACCGUCGGCACCAAAGUCGGAAAACGUAGCCGAGGUUCCGGCCAGCGACGCUAAGCCCGCUGCCGAGGCCAAGCCCGCGACCGAAGCCAAGGCCGAGAGCGCGCCGAAACCCGCUAGCGAAGAGAAGCCGGCCCCAGUGGCGGCAGCAGCCACCGAGCCGAAACCGGAAACCGAUGCCAAAGCCGCGUCAGAGUCGAAACCGGCAAACGAAGCCGCCGCACCGACUCCGGUCGCCGCAGAAAGCGCCAAGUCCGAAAAAAUCGUCGCACCCGAAAGCGAACCGAUCAAGCCGAGCACGUCCGACGCUAAAUCAGAAAUUGCUCCUGCAUCCGAGACGAAACCCGAAGAAGCCAAACCAUCCACUGAGACCAAGGCCGAACAACCAGCCGACAACAAGCCCGCCGCCAGCAGCGAAGUCCCGGUAGCUUUACCACUCAACCCGACCGAAGCUAAGGACACCAAAACCGCCGAAAAACCCGAACAAGCUUCUGCUGCAAUCUUGGCCGACCCUGUCCCAGCUGCCGCCACUGCUCCAGUUCCCGCAGUCGCCGAAGAACCCAAACCUUCCGAAAGCGUCCCGUUGUCCGACGCCAAGGCCCUCGAACAUAACGCCGCACCAGUUGAACCAGAAUCGGCUAAACCCGUAGAAGACGCCGUCCCGGCCGCCAGCGAAGUGUCCGAAGCCAAAGUACCAAGCCCAGCAGUGCCGGCCGCCGACGCACCCGCAGCCGCUUCAUCAGAAGUCGAAAAAAUCGCCCAACCCGCCAAGGAAUCCAGCCCGGCUGCCGUAGAACCGGAAAACAAGCCAGUUGAAAACAGCCCGAAAUCCGAAGCCGUGCAAGCCGCCGAGAAACCCAAGGAAGAGGCAAAACCCGCCGAAGAGUCUAAGCCCGCUGAACAACCCAAAUCCGAAGUGCAACCGGAAGCCGCCAAGGCAAAGGAACAGAAACCGGCAACGGAAGAGAAGAAACCCGAAUCGGCCGCCAGUGAUGACAAGAAGGAACACUCCGUGAUCAAGCGGGACGCGCUCAAGGAAAAGAAAUCCACCGAACCGGUCAAGAAGGACGAAAAGAAACAAAAACAAAAGAAAGCUAACUAAGUAAUCAAAAUGACAAGACUGAAUAGCAACAUGAAAACGAAUCAUCCACCAAACGGUCAAGCGAAUACGUCAAAAACAAAAACUACAUUUGACAUCAUAAAUUUUUUUAAAAACUAAACAGUUCACAAACAUAACGGUUGGGCCACAUCGAAA